CUAUCUUUUAUUUGUCUAUCUAUCUAUCUAUCUAUCUAUCUAUCUAUCUAUCUAUCUAUCUAUCUAUCUAUCUAUCUAUCUAUGUAUCUAUCUAUCUAUCUAUCUAUCUAUCUAUCUAUCUAUCUAUCUAUGUUUCUUUCGAUCUAUCUUUCUAUUGAUCUAUCUAUCUAUCUUUAUUUAUGUAUAUAUGUAUGUAUGAAUCGUCUGUCUAUUUAUGUAUCUAUAUCUAUCUAUAUAUAUGUAUCUCUUUAUCUAUCUAAUUAUCAAUCUUUUUAUCUAUGCAUGUUCUAUCUCUAUGUAUUAUCUAUCUGUCUUUCUAUGUACAUAUCUAUGUAUGCUUCAUAUAUAUAUCUAUCAAUCUAUCUACCUAUCUAUUUAAUCUUUCAUCUAUUAAAUAUGUAUGUAUGUAUAUAUAUGUAUGUAUGUAUGCAUCUAUCUAUCUAUCUAUCUAUGUAUCUAUGUAUCUAUGUAUGUAUGUGCGUAUGUAUGUAUGUAUGUAUGUUUGCAGUUUCCAUGUUUUAG